CUUCUUCUUCUUCUUCUUCUUCUCCAAAUGGGUCGCAAGCACGACGAAAAAAGUACCAUUCUUUACAACCGUUUGAUCCUUCUCGUGGUCUCCUUUGCUUCCUGCGGUUUCGUCUACUUCUUCCUCUCUGCGGUCCUCACCAAAAACUCGUCCAUUUCUUUGUCUGCGUCGUCGUCGUUGGCAUUGGUCGGAGAAGGAGGUGGUGGAGGGUGCUGCAGAGGGAUUGAGAAUUUGGAGCUAUGGGGUGCUGCAGUGAAGUGGGGUUCUGAUUUUAAGUUCAACAGCUCCGAAGAUUGCUGCAACGCUUGCAAAUCAAUGUGCACCGGGAAUGAUGGAACAUGCCUCUGUGACACGUGGGUGUUCUGUGGGAACCGUGAAGCUUGUGGAUCCAAGUUCGGUGAGUGUUGGUUGAAGAAGCAGAAGGACAGCUUAGCCCCUGAAAAGCAAGAUGGUGGGCCUCCAGGGGAAGAAAAUUAUUGGAUUUCUGGUCUCAUCUUUGGAAAAGGAGAGGGUAUUAUUGCAAUGGAAACUGAAUUUGGAACUCUUCAUAUGAAACUUUUCCCUGACUGUGCUCCACACUCAGUUGCAUACAUUCUAGAGUUGCUGGCAUUGCGCCACUGUGCAGGUUGCCAAUUUUACCGUGCAGAGAGCCGAGGUGAAUCAUGGGAUUCAGAAGGAAACCACAUAAAAAAUGUAAGCAUAUUUCCAUCCAAUGCAUGAUAUGCAAUUAUCCAU